CUAGAAACAGCAAGUAAGCUGCUCAACCCUGCCUGAACUUUCCCUGUAAACAGCACGCUGACAGAAAGGCAUCCCUGCUGGGUGGAUCCUGCAACUCCUGGAGGGAAUGGCACUUCUUGUUUUUAAUUAGCAAGGUGAAAGGUGAAUUAAAACUAGCUGUUUGGCAAGUCAGCGCAAGAGACUUUAACAGUCAGAAGACAAGAGCGCCACGGGUGAAGGUAGUGCGUAUGCUCGGGGCUUUUUUCUGAAUGAACCUUUUGCAGAAGUGACGGAAAAAAUGCAGUUUCUGCCGAGUCCACCGGCAUAGUUACUGAAGAGAGCUUUAGUCAGGACCUGGCUCUGAAGACUCACUCCUUGGAAUGUCCUCUUGCUCCUUACUUGCAAACAACUGUCCUGAGGAAAGAAAGAUUUUACAUAGCCAAGUGCUGUCUGACAAAUGGCACUUUGGAAUGGUGCUUUCUGAUGACAAGGCAUUCGAUUUCUGACAAAGCCUCUCGCACGCUGCCCCUGGAGGGGAGUCCUAAGUAAAACUCAUACCGCCUUAAAGUGCGGCUCAGAGGACUUGCUCGGUGAGCACGGGGCGGCAUGGCACCAGCCGGCCAGGUUAUCACCUUGCUCCUGUGGGGUUGUGUCCUGCAGCUUUGGAUGGGAGCUCACACAGCCGAUACCACGCACCCCAGGUUACGCCUGUCACAUAAAGUGCUCUUGGAUCUAAACAGAACAUCAAUAUUUCAUAGCCCUUUUGGAUUUCUUGAUCUCCAUACAAUGCUGCUGGAUGAAUACCAAGAAAGACUCUUUGUGGGCGGCAAGGACCUUGUGUAUUCCCUCAGCUUGGAACAAAUCAGCAGUGGCUAUAGAGAGAUACACUGGCCUAGUACAGCACUAAAAAUAGAAGAAUGUAUAAUGAAAGGAAAAGACGCAAGUGAAUGUGCAAAUUAUGUCCGGGUUUUGCAUCACUGUAACAGGACACACCUUCUGACCUGUGGAACUGGAGCCUUUGACCCACAUUGUGCCUUCAUCAGAGUUGGAUACCAUUUGGAGGAACCCCUGUUUCACCUGGAAUCACACAGAUCUGAGAGGGGAAGGGGCAGGUGCCCUUUUGAUCCCGGCUCCUCUUUUGUCUCCACGUUAAUUGGCAGUGAAUUGUUUGCUGGACUCUAUAGCGAUUACUGGGGCAGAGAUGCUGCAAUAUUCAGGAGUAUGGGACGCCUAACCCACAUUCGCACUGAGCAUGAUGAUGAACGACUAUUGAAAGAACCAAAAUUUGUAGGUUCAUAUAUGAUACCUGACAAUGAAGACAAAGAUGACAACAAAAUAUAUUUCUUUUUUACUGAGAAGGCCCUGGAGGCAGAAAACAAUGCCCAUGCAAUUUAUACCCGAGUCGGGAGACUUUGUGUGAAUGAUGUAGGUGGACAGAGAAUACUAGUGAAUAAGUGGACCACUUUCCUGAAAGCAAGAUUGGUUUGCUCAGUACCAGGAAUGAAUGGAAUUGAUACAUAUUUUGAUGAACUAGAGGAUGUUUUUAUUCUGCAUACUAGAGAUCCUAAGAACCCAGUGAUAUUUGGACUCUUUAACACUACCAGUAAUAUCUUUAGAGGGCAUGCUAUAUGUGUCUAUCAUAUGUCCAGCAUCCGAGCAGCUUUUAAUGGGCCAUAUGCACACAAGGAAGGGCCUGAAUACCACUGGUCGCUCUAUGAAGGAAAAGUUCCUUAUCCAAGGCCUGGUUCUUGUGCUAGCAAAGUGAAUGGAGGGAGGUACGGAACAACCAAAGACUAUCCUGAUGAUGCCAUCCGAUUUGCCAGAAGCCAUCCACUUAUGUACGAGCCUAUAAAACCUGCGCAUAAGAAACCAAUACUGGUAAAAACCGAUGGAAAAUAUAACCUGAAUCAAAUAGCGGUGGAUCGAGUAGAAGCUGAGGAUGGCCAUUAUGAUGUCCUUUUUAUUGGAACAGAUAAUGGAAUUGUGUUGAAAGUGAUCACAAUUUAUAACCAAGAAACAGAGUCAAUGGAAGAAGUAAUUCUGGAAGAACUUCAGAUAUUCAAGGAUCCAGUGCCUAUUAUUUUUAUGGAGAUUUCAUCGAAGAGACAACAGCUGUAUAUUGGCUCUCCGUCUGCCGUGGCCCAGGUCAGGUUCCAUCAGUGUGACAUGUAUGGAAGUGCUUGUGCUGACUGCUGCCUGGCUCGAGACCCUUACUGCGCCUGGGACGGCAUAUCCUGUUCCCGUUAUUACCCCACAGGUACACAUGCAAAAAGGCGGUUCCGCAGACAAGAUGUUCGGCAUGGAAAUGCAGCUCAGCAGUGCUUUGGACAGCAGUUUGUUGGGCAUGCUUUGGAUAAGACUGAAGAGCGAUUGGCCUAUGGUAUAGAGAACAACAGUACUUUGUUGGAAUGUACCCCACGAUCUUUACAAGCAAAAGUUAUUUGGUUUGUGCAGAAAGGACGUGACACAAGAAAAGAGGAGGUGAAGACAGAUGACAGAGUGGUUAAGAUGGACCUUGGUUUACUCUUCCUACGGAUUCGCAAAGUGGACGCUGGGACCUAUUUUUGCCAGACAGUAGAGCACAGUUUUGUUCAUAUAGUCCGUAAAAUCACACUGGAGGUGGUGGAAGAGGAGAAAGUGGAAGAAAUGUUUAACAAAGACUACGACGAGGACGGACCUCACAAGAUGCCUUGUCCUGCGCAGAGCAGCAGCCCACAGGGUGCAAAGCCAUGGUACAAGGAGUUCUUGCAGCUGAUUGGUUAUAGCAACUUCCAGAGAGUCGAAGAAUACUGUGAAAAGGUGUGGUGCACAGAUAAAAAGAGAAAAAAGCUUAAAAUGUCACCCUCCAAGUGGAAGUAUGCCAAUCCACAGGAAAAGAAGCUCCGACCCAAAGCUGAGCAUUAUCGCUUGCCCAGGCAUGCUGGACUCCUGACGGGGUGAAAUUACUCGCCUCUGAAGAAUCUAUAUUUGGAACCUAAAAGAGAGAGAGAGAGAGAGAGAGAAUGAGCGCGAAAGAGAAAUCAUCCAACUCCUUUGCAUUACUUAACAUGAGCUUUCUGUAAUACAGAAAUGACUAUAAAGGUGUUAUAAUAAUUUAUUCUGUAUACUCACUUGACUGGUUAAGAAUCACAUAAAAUUAAUUUUUUAAAGAAGUGUUUUGCUCAGUGAUUUACAUUAUAUUUAUCAAAAGUGACCAUAGUGGUAAUUUUAGGUAUUGACUGCUUUUCUCUGGCAAUUAUUAUUUGAUUCUUGGAAGACAACAUUACUGCAAUAUUGAAGAAAAAAUAGAAUUUAAGUAUCACAUAAAAAAUAAAAUACAAAUGGUUUAAUCUCUGAGUUUUAUCUUUCCACUAUAAUGUAAAAUAUGCAGUAUAUCAGAUACGUUAACAUUCUUAUAAGACUGUUUGUACUGUUAAAGAAUUAUGGUGUUAGUGUUGUCUAACCUACGAGUUUUCUGACGCGCAGGUAUGUUAUAGUUCUAAACCAUGAAGGAAAAAUUGUGGUUACGUUAAGGUUUGUGCCUUUCAUAAAACAUUCCAUAAACCACAUUCACAGUAAGUAGUUAAUAUUUGUUGCUUGAUGAAAACAUGUACUUCCAGUUUCACUCCCGGGUGGAAAGAAUAAAGUUAAGGUAAACUUCUGAUAUAUUUGUCAAGCUAUAACUGAAAAAAAUUUGCUGCCCUCUUGUGGUUGAGGACUACAUUUUCUUUCUUUUUUUUUUACAAAUACUUGUAAAAGAUUUUGAAAGUUUAAUGAUAACUACAUCUAUUCCAUUUUUAGAAAAAAAAAUACAUUAGUGCUUAUGCCAUCCUUGUGGAUGAAUAUAACAUGUUGAUGAAUAAUUUAUUACUUCACAAGCCAAAAAUAAAGGCGUUACGACACUGAAACUCUAUUAAAACUUAAAUUUUAUUUUUCCUAAAUAAUCUUCCCUAAAAUCUAAAAUAUAUUUCAGAGACAUAAUGUUUAUUUAUGAAAAAAUAUUAAAACAUACUGCUCUCAGUUGUCAAAUUUUCCUCUCUGUUAUGUUAAAGGUAGGAAAAUAAUUUCAUGAAUUCAUUUAACUACCAAAAUGUUCAGAGCUAUCUUUUUCACCUAUAAAAUUAAGUGAUUUUAUUUUGAGAAUGUUUAUUUCUUGAAGUUUCUCCUCCUCCUGUUCUAUCAUGUCUUUACCUUUUAAAACAUGAAAUUUUGUGGUGAGAAUUUUCAUUUAAAUAAACAUGAAAAGCAAGUGGAUAGAACAUAAUACUUAUGAAUAUUUAAAUGCUAAUUUUAAUAAUACUUGUUUUCAAACUGAGUAUAUAGGUUAUCUGACUAAGAGAUUUGGUGUUGAUAAUUUGUAAUAGCUUGCAUUCACCUAAAAAAUUUUAAAAAAUUGUUAAAGUUCAUCCUGUAAGCACAAAGGGUUUAAAGGAUACACAACUAUAAUAAUAAAUAUUCUCUGAAAAAAUUCACUUGCUAUUUACCUUAAAGUCCACCGGGGGUCAUUGCUGCCCACCAAAACGAACUACAUCAGCCCAUACGGAAGAUAAGAAACUGUCUUCCUCAGUGUGGAGAAGUGGAACCAUAGCCACAGAACACAACUCUUCUCAAAGCCUCUCUUUUAUAUAUUCAAAGUAAACAGAUAAGUCAGUCAAUCACAAUUUAUUGAAAAUAUUCUUUCAUUAGAGGCAAGAGCAGUAUUUUCUCUGAUAUUUGAAUUUAUAAAUUCAAGUAAGACAGAUGUGGCAUACUAGUUAUCAUUUUACGCUCAAUAACACAUACAAAACAAUUAAUUCAGUGAUAGCAGUGAUGCCACUUGUGAACUAAAAAAUGCAGUAACUAGAGAAUUAAACCUGAAGAAAAUACUGUGCCAUAGCUUUAAGCAUGAAGUGGAACUACAAGUUGGUCAACUAAAAUAAAAUGACUACUAGCUAGAAAAGAAGGUUUAUAUAAAAUACUAAAAUUGACCCUAGAAAAAUAAAUCCCAAGAAAGUAUUUUAAAUUGCUGAUUUGAAAGAAACCUGAUAAAAUUUGAGGGUUCAAUCCAGCAAUUCAGGAAAAGCAUUGAUUUCCUAUAUGUGUGAGGGGUAUUUAUUUUAUGUUUUGUCAUCCCUUUCUUCCCACUUGGAGGUGCCAGCAUGGCACACACAGUGGCACAACAUGAGGUAAAUCUCUAUUGCCUUUUAAAAGACCAACCAACAACCUACAUUGUUCUGUCCUUGAGAAUCUGAAACCUACCACAAAAUUAUAUUCUGAAUCUUAUUCAUCUAGGGUUAGAACUCAAAUUUAGAAUCUCCUUUGAGAACUGCACAGGCUUGGAAAAUCAGAGACAAAUGGGUUAGAUUUAUUUCCUUGUUCUUGAAUAGGGUAUGGGUAGAUAGUUAGCCACCUGCAAGAUGAGGACGAAUUCUGACUUCUCCCUGACCUUCUAAAUUCUAUCCAGACAUCACACUUCCUGAGGGAGAGAAAUCAUGCCUUCUGGAAACACACGACUGGAAUCAAAACCACCUCUCUGUCCUAGUUUUAAAGAAGCAUCACCAAACCAGUUCAGUCUAUUUCUUCAGACCUCUUCCAACCUAUUUUCUGUAAGGGGAGGACCUGUAAAUAGAAUGAUCCUUAUAAUGUAAAACAACACACAUCUCCUCUUUCAAUGCCCUGUCACCCAGCAAUAUAAAGGUGCAGAUUUGUUAGUAAAAAGAAUUACAAUUUAGGGUUUUACUUCAAGAUUUUUGAGGUCUCUUUUGCAUCUACUGUUCCUCGUUGCUAGUAUUUUCUUUUGUAUUUAUUACUGCAUAUUUCAGUAUAUAACUAUCAACUUGGGAAAACAGGGAUUGAAAAUAGAAAUAAACACUAAUAAGAACUAGAGGGAAGGAAACAAAGACUUUGCUUGUUUAGUAAGUGGCAAUCUCUUUAGUAAGAGAUUUUUCCCUUCACACAAUUUAUUAAAUACUAAAGAUUUUUUCAAGUGUCUAAUAUUUCCUAGAGGGUGUAGGGUUUUGUAAAUCUUCAUAGUGCUUAUGAACAUUUGUAAAGUUUGUAAAAUACGAUAAAUCGUUUUAAGUGUUAAUGUUAAGCAUGAAGCAAACAAAGCAGCUGUUGUCCUUACAAAUGUGUUACCUUAUAACAUCCCUUAGCCUGUGAAUAUAGAAUUACUUGGCAUUACAUAGGUGUUCUUUCUCCCAGGUGAAAGUGCUGAGUGAUGACAGUAAGAGUUGAUGCUCUUUUUCAUAAAACAGAGUAUCACAUUGAAUUACCUUCUCAAAAGCAGUGCUCAUGUUUCAGGCCAACAACUGUUGCAUUUGAAUGAGAUAUAAAUAAUAGAUUCUCAAAAAACACUCUUCGAUUGUAGUGAGUUAUUUAAGUUGCUAUGUUUAUUUCAUCUUAUUUUCCUUCAGAAGAUGGCAUUGUAUUUUUGACUUUCAUUAAAUUGAAUGUGUUCUGUUUGUGUUUUAGUGGCUUAGUGAUAAGCUAGAGGAACUAUACAGGGGUAUCUUUGUCUGUGUGAUUUCCUUUCAUAUGCUUGCUUGGGUUCAGAUGGCAUGUGCCAUAUAUUUUUUUCACUGAUUAUAAGCCAUGAGACUUAUUAUUACUUGUUGAAGCUACAAAGACUAAUGACAAUGUCUCUUUGACUAUCACAUGGAUAUGCCACUAUGCACUGCAUAAUUUGUCUAUAUAUUAUAUACAUUUCUAUUUGGUUCAAUUUAGAUGAAAAAGAAAUAAAUAUUUGCUAAACCAU